AAUUUUUUAAAAGAAAAAAAGGGGGCAGGGGGAGGGAAGCCCAGAGUUUGGCCACAUGCACUUUUUUCAAGUUCCUGCUUGAGCUUAGAUUUCCUUUCCGCUUUAAGGACAUGCCCUCUGGAAAGAAGGGUGUUUUGUUUCCAGCCCACACAGACCCAAACUUUUUCAUCACGUGCCUGGCCCAAGCCAGUACGCAGCUCUGUAAUGAGAUCACCAUGGCCAACCUCCCACCCGAACAAAAACAAGGUUAGCCUGCAGCACAGCCGCAGCAGCAGCAGCCACCAAGGCGGGGGCUGAAAGGGAAGGGAACUUAGAUUUGACUUGUGAAAGAACCUCAGAGGAGUUUGGACACCGCCCACUGCAGAGAACUGUUGAUUCGUUUCAGAAAAAUCUUGGUCCAUGUUUUUAAACCAACCAACAAAUAAUACUAAAGAGCAAACCAGCACUUUGGGAGGCCAUGGUGGGCAGAUCACAAGGCCAGGAGAUCGAGACCAUCCUGGCUAACACGGUGAAACCCUGUCUCCACUAAAAAUACAAAAAAUUAGCUGGGUGUGGUGGCGGGUGCCUGUAGUCCCAGCUACUCAGGAGGCUGAGCAGGAGAAUGGCGUGAACCCGGGAGGCGGAGCUUGCUGUAAGCCGAGAUUGCGCCACUGCACUCCAGCCUGGGCAACAGAGCAAGACUCUGUCUCAAAAAAAAAAAAGACCAAACCAAACCGACUUGCUAGAACUACUCUUUGAGUUCUGGAUGAAGGGAGAAGCUGGACAUAUGCUACACAAUGAAAAGUCAAAACAGGAGGGACACAUCUGGGGCUCUAUGAGGAGGACAGCUUUCAUCCUGGGCUCUGGACUUCUCUCAUUUGUGGCCUUCUGGAACUCAGUGACAUGGCAUCUUCAGAGAUUUUGGGGUGCUUCUGGCUACUUUUGGCAAGCCCAGUGGGAGAGGCUGCUGACUACAUUUGAAGGGAAGGAGUGGAUCCUCUUCUUUAUAGGUGCCAUCCAAGUGCCUUGUCUCUUCUUCUGGAGCUUCAAUGGGCUUCUGUUGGUGGUUGACACAACAGGAAAACCUAACUUCAUCUCUCGCUACCGAAUUCAGGUCGGCAAGAAUGAACCUGUGGAUCCUGUGAAACUGCGCCAAUCUAUCCGCACAGUUCUUUUCAACCAGUGCGUGAUAUCUUUCCCCAUGGUGGUCUUCCUCUAUCCCUUCCUCAAAUGGUGGAGAGACCCCUGCCGCCAUGAGCUACCCACCUUCCACUGGUUCCUCCUGGAGCUGGCCAUCUUCACGCUGAUCGAGGAAGUCUUGUUCUACUAUUCACACCGGCUCCUUCACUACCCAACAUUCUACAAGAAAAUCCACAAGAAACACCACGAGUGGACAGCUCCCAUUGGCGUGAUCUCUCUCUAUGCCCACCCUAUAGAGCAUGCGAUCUCCAACAUGCUACCGGCCAUAGUGGGCCCAUUAGUAAUGGGCUCCCACUUGUCCUCCAUCACCAUGUGGUUUUCCUUGGCCCUCAUCAUCACCACCAUCUCCCACUGUGGCUACCACCUUCCCUUCCUGCCUUCGCCUGAAUUCCACGACUACCACCAUCUCAAGUUCAACCAGUGCUAUGGGGUGCUGGGUGUGCUGGACCACCUCCAUGGGACUGACACCAUGUUCAAGCAGACCAAGGCCUACGAGAGACAUGUCCUCCUGCUGGGCUUCACCCCGCUCUCUGAGAGCAUCCCAGACUCCCCAAAGAGGAUGGAGUGAGAGACGGCCUAAGUGUCAUCCCGGCUUUCUCUCAGCCAUGGGAUGCAGACAUGGCUUCCUGAUUGCACCUAACAAUUUGCCUCCUUUGGCCACACUCUCUAAUGAUGGUGCCACCAGGGUAGAGGGAAGGUCGGCUUCCUGGAAAAGCAGGGCCAAGGAUGAGGCUUUCUCCAAACUACUCCCCUUGAUGUCCCUCAAUGGGAUCAGGAGUUAGCUUAAGAAAAAGGAAAACGGCUCCCCAGACUGGAGGCUGGUCAGAGGGAGGAGACCCCUGGUCCUCUGCUGUGGAAGGAGAGGUGUUCAGCCCCAGAUAACUCCUUUGUGGCCUGGGCAGGAUGCAGAGAAUGGUAAGGCUGAAAGGAGGGGGACUGGAGGCUGCCUGGCUCCAGCGAGAGCUCCUUCUGGGACCAGAGGGUGGGAGGGCCAGGUAUCACUUUGCCCCUUCCUGCCCCAAAAGGCUUUCAUAUACCCUACUCAGGCCAGAGCCAAGACACCCUGGCAAAUCGUUAUAGGUCUCAAUUCAUGACAUACCAGAUGCCAGUCGCCACCUCACCCAACACACACACAAACAUACACACACCAAACACUCUGAGUGAGUGGUAAAGGCCCGAUUUUAACUCUGGCCCACCGCAAACAAAAGGUUUCCCUCUAUGGGGGAGAAAAAAAAAAUCCAGGAGCUCCUCCCUGGAUUAAAACCAACGAGGUGCAAACCAAACUUUAACACCUUUAGCCUUAUAUGGAAACCUAAAACCAACUGCUGAGAAACUGUGAAAAGCCCUUUUACCCACAAGGGGAGGGGUCAAAGUUGCUGCCCUUUGGGGACACCCGAGACCCCUAAUUAGCCUAUCUGAAUGAGGACCAAAGGUUAGAACCCUCUUUCUCCCCGAAGAAAGAGCCUGGAAAAACAUGGCCGAGCAAAGGGCAAAAUCCUUUCUCCCCUGAAUGCUUUACCAGUUUCUCAGCAACAUUUAUUCAAAAUGAUUUUUACCAGGAACCUUAUCAAAAGCAAAACCACAGCUGCUUGGGUUGAAGUCCCCAUCCUGGCCUCCUCUCAGCCGCUAGACAUGGCCAGGAACCCUGUGGUUCCCAAGAACAAUUUAAAGAUCCCUCUUUGAUUUGAAAGACCACCAUUAUCAUUUUACUAAAGUCUUAUAUAUACUUGCACCUUUUCCAACUUUGUUCUCUUAAGAAAAACAUCUACUGUAGCUUUAUAAAAUACCUUAGUAUCAGAUCGGUCCAAGUCUCCAGGCAGGACUAUCAAAAUGGAAUCCUUCUUCCUAUCAGCUCUAGAACCCCAGAGGACUUGCCCAAUAGGCCAGCUGAGCACUUACCAGGCAGCAUCUCCCUGGCCUUCCAGUCUCGCCUGCCUGUCUCUGGCCUUGGUGGACCUGGCUCCCUCCCUAGGAGGCUUGUGCCCUCAGCUUGAAUACAGCUCCUGGUGCAUCAAAGCUGUAAGUUCUCAGCUGCUGGCCUGCACCCAUCACCUCUUCCUACAAAUAAACAUUUGGAAAAAAGUCCAUCUUCAGUAUGCUUAAAGAGAAGGGCAGGAGAUAAGGAGAAAGAACAGAUACGAUUUUUUUCCCCUUUAAGGCCUUUGGAUUUUGAGGUACUGUAAGGGGCCUAGAGGGACAAAAGGCUGUCAUUCCCUCUUCCAUUUGGCAGGCAGGUGAUCAGUCCUUGGCAGAAGGGCCCAGCCCUAUCCUUUUCUGUAUCAAACAAAAUCCUUGAGGUUGGUAUACAAGUUAAGGCUGAAAGGCCGGGCGCGGUGGCUCACGCUUGUAAUCCCAGCACUUUGGGAGGCCGAGGCGGGCGGAUCACGAGGUCAGGAGAUCGAGACCACGGUGAAACCCCGUCUCUACUAAAAAUAGAAAAAAUUAGCCGGGCGUGGUGGCGGGUGCCUGUAGUCCCAGCUACUCGGAGAGGCUGAGGCAGGAGAAUGGCAUGAACCCGGGAGGCAGAGUUUGCAGUGAGCCGAGAUUGUGCCACUGCACUCCAGCCUGGGUGACAGAGCAAGACUCCGUCUCAAAAAAAAAAAAAAAAAAAAAAGGCUGAAAAAAGGCCUAAAUUCCCAGUAAAGAACGUGAAAGCAAGCAUGUAAAAUAAACUGGUCUUCAUGAA